AAAUGUUAAGACUCAUAUCGUAGUGUAGUUUUCAUCCAGCACCACCUAAGUGAUAUUUUUAUCGAGAUGAAGGGCCGUCAAUAUGGGUAGGAUCGUCAAUCUCUUGACAAACACGAAAUAUAUUGUGAUGUUGUGCCUUAGGUCCAGCGACACUCAAAGCACUAAGGAAAUAGCCGAGGAAUUUUCCUCGUAAGCCUCCCUUCAUAAUAUAUUGUGCUGUUGUGUCGUCGUCCUUUAACGUACAGCUUUGAGCGAAUAGCUGAAAAUCUAGACCCAUCUUCUUGAUGUUGUUUUCUAAUAAUUGCGGUUCUACGGCAGCGUUUCUCCAGCGUCACCAGGAGUCGCAGCUUAGUGGGAUAACUCCGCACAACUACUACCAAGCCUCAAGCAGUAGCGCACCCUCCUCAGUGUCGGCUUAUCAACAUAGUUCCUUCUUCGGGGCUUCGGACACGAAGCUGAGUGAGGCGUUUACGGGGUCGUUCUUCUGCGACGAUGUGAAUAUUGUGAUCCGGACAGCGCAGGAACGGAAAGGCACUCUAGAUUGCUUAAUGAGUGUGGCACACGCCAUUUCAAUUCCCGCGUUUGGCGUGUUGUGCGACAAGCGAGGGCGCAAAUACAUGCUCAUUUUUGCG